AUGCCUAAUAAAGAUAAAAUAGAAAAUAAGGCUACUAUUGAAAAGUAGAAGAAGCCUGGUAAAAUUAGUGGCGAUGAUCCCGUAGCAGUUUUAAAGACUAUCUCAGAAAUUGUCUCCGAAUUAAUCAAUGCAUAUGAAAAGAAUGAAAAAAUUAAUUUAACCAAGGUUAAGAGUGAACUCUCUAGAAAGAAUAAAUUAAGCGGUACUCCUAAAAUUGUUGACAUUAUUGCAGCCAUCCCUGAAAAAUAUAAGAAUACUUUAAUUCCUAUUUUGAAAGUAAAGCCAGUAAGAACUGCUAGUGGUAUUGCUGUCGUUGCUGUCAUGUGUAAGCCACAUAGAUGUCCUCAUAUAGCCACUACAGGAAAUAUUUGUGUUUACUGUCCAGGAGGUCCUGACUCUGAUUUUGAAUAUUCCACAUAGAGUUACACUGGUUAUGAACCUACUUCUAUGAGAGCUAUUAGAGCUAGAUAUAAUCCCUACAUUUAAACUAGAGAUCGUGUAGAAUAAUUAAAGAAAUUAGGUCAUGAUGUUGAUAAAGUAGAAUUCAUUAUUAUGGGUGGUACAUUUAUGUCAUUAGAUGCAAGCUAUAGAGAUUAUUUCAUUCGUAACUUGCACGAUGCCUUGAGUGGUCAUAGAUCUCACAAUGUUGCUGAAGCAAUUAAAUUUUCUGAUGAAAGUAGAGCUAAAUGUAUUGGUAUUACUAUUGAAACAAGACCUGAUUUUUGUUAUUAACCUCAUCUUUCUGACAUGCUUCUAUAUGGAUGCACCCGUAUUGAGGUUGGUGUCUAAUCAAUUUAUGAAGACGUUGCAAGAGAUACUAAUAGAGGUCAUACAAUUGAAGCCGUCAAAAAAUGCUUUAGACUUUCCAAGGAUGCAGGCUUCAAAGUAGUUUCACAUUUAAUGCCUGAUCUUCCAAAUAUGGGUAUUGAGAGAGAUCUCGAAUCAUUUAAAGAAUUCUUUGAAAAUCCUGAUUUCCGUACUGACGGUUUGAAGAUUUAUCCCACUUUGGUUAUUCGUGGCACAGGUUUAUACGAGCUUUGGAAAAAUGGAAAAUACAGAAACUAUAAUCCCAAUGCAUUGGUAGAAAUUGUAGCUAAAUUGUUAGCUUUGGUUCCUCCAUGGACUAGAGUUUACAGAAUAUAAAGAGAUAUUCCUAUGCCUCUUGUUACAAGUGGUGUAGAUAAUGGUAAUUUAAGAGAGUUGGCUUUGUAAAAAAUGAGAGACAUGAACAUUCCAUGCAGAGAUGUAAGAACUCGUGAAGUAGGUAUUAAGGAAGUUCACUUCAAAAUUAAGCCUGAGUAAAUCGAAUUUAUAAGAAGAGACUACUUUGCUAACGAUGGUUGGGAAUCUUUCCUCGCAUAUGAAGAUCCCAUCUAAGAUACAUUGGUAGGUCUGCUUAGACUUAGAAAAUGUGGAGCUUCAACUUUUAGACCUGAAUUAACUGGAAAUUGCUCAAUUGUAAGAGAAUUACACGUUUAUGGCUCAAUUGUGCCAAUUCACUCAAGAAAUCCCUAAAAAUUCUAGCAUCAAGGUUAUGGUACUAUGUUAAUGGAAGAAGCCGAAAGAAUAUCAAGAGAUGAACACGGUUCUAUAAAAUUGGCUGUUAUUGCUGGUGUUGGUACUCGUCAUUAUUAUAGAAAGCUUGGUUACCACCUCGAAGGCCCUUACAUGGUUAAAUAUUUAGAUGGAAGAGAGUAAUACGUUGAUUGA